UACACGUGCUUCUUCUCCGAGCUUGCCACAAUCCCAAUCGUCAACCAUUUCCUCGAGUAGGAUUACCUCGGCAACGCGCCUGGGUCUAAGAGAUGCCCCAUCUUUUCGAUCUGCGGGUGCCUCGCGGUUAGCAUUUGCCAUGGUGCAGCGUAGAAGCACAGAAUAUCUCACCUUUGUCUUCAGAUAUCCUUCCACCUCGGGCGCCCUGAAGCCGCCCUUGCCCUUCCACGACAGAGGCACCAUGGCCACACGCUCCUUCACCACCACCUCCCUGUUUGGUCCCUCCACGGCGCGAAUCUUGUCUGGGUUGUUGGUCAAGAGACGCACUUCUUUCUGACUGAGGUCAAGCAGCAUGGCUGUUGCAAGGCCGUAGCUCCGCGCAUCAGCGGGAUGUCUCAAGAGCAGGUUUGCCUCGACUGUGUCCGACCCCAAAUCCUGCAGAUUGUAAGCCUUGAGCUUCUCACCCAGCCCGAUGCCGCGACCCUCCUGCCGCAGAUAGAUGAUGAUGCCUCCUGCUUUGUUUGAAGGCAGAGACAUGAGCCGCGCAGCCUCGUCGAGCUGCUCGCCACAGUCACAGCGCGCAGACCAAACGGUUUCGCCUGUGUAACACUCGCUGUGUAUCCUGACCAGAGGUGGUUGGCUCUUGUCAGCCUCUUCUGGUUCUUGUCUCUCUGUUGCCGAGCCAUCAGCCUUUUCCAGGCUUGUCGUUCUCCCUGGGUACAGUCUGCCCGUGUAGGCGCCCCGCACAAGGCGAUCCAUCUCGGUCUCGCCCUCGCGUACGGCAUCGAGUGACUUGCUGCGGAUCGUGUUUCCAAACACAAUGGCCAAAUGUUCCUUGUUGUCCACAUUGUUGGUGUAGAGGUGGAGAAACAUCUCGGCGCCUGUGGUGGUCGGGAUACGCGCGCGGACGAUGCAUUCUACCUGAGGGAGUUGCUCGAGGAGUCGUGGGUGUUUGGAUCCACAACCGCCGGAGGGAACCGAACUGUCGACUGGGACGCCGCGCGGUUCUGAGAGCAAUAGGCUGGACGGAGUAGCGGUCCCUGGGGUGGCGGGAGGUGUGAAGGCUGGCGACAGCAGCGAACUGGGCGGCGGCGCAUUUGAUGGUGUCCCUGCGCCAUCAUUGUCGUCGCCGUUGCUGUCAUUAUCAUUACUGCUGCUGUCUCCGUCCUUGGGCGUGGACGGUGAUGUGGCAGAAGUGCCGACUGCGGGGUCGGAAGAAAAGGAGAAGUCGGGGUGCGACACAUCGGCAUCACCUUGUGACGAGUGCUGGGCGUCUGUUGGGGGAGAGUAGAAGGAGGGCAACUGGCUGGUCGUCCUCUCGGCGUGGUGUUGCCAUUCGUCUGGCUGCUGGCCGGGCAUUGCGACGGGACUGGAAUGGGAUGGAGGGGCUGGCACGCGCGUGUGGCUGUCGGUGGCCGGUGACGGGUGGUGCAAGGCAACGCAAGGCAACGCAAGGCUAUCCGCAAUCACAGGCUCGGGCCGUCGGUUCCAGGGCACGUCUGGGUCGGUCUGUAGGUAGGGUAAAGAAGGGUGCAAGGGGGUCAAUGGCGCAAUGAAUGGAGAGAAUCAAUCAGUCAACGCAAGAUUCGAGCCUUUUUUGCUAGUUUCAAAAGAUGACAGCUUCAACCGGGCCGGCGGGCGAUUCCAAAGCGAUUCACGGCCAUCUGGGGAAGCAUUAGUCAUGUGCUGCCCGCAUCGCCUCGGUGCUUUGGAGUUCGGCAGGCGGCGAGACAACUUCCCCAUACUUUGCGGGGUUCGGCCCCACUCCUCUCCAUCUUCAAACUUGACAGUUGACUGCCAUUGGAUUUUUUGGCGACAGCGACAAUUCAUUGUUGUCUAUUGCGUAUCUGGAUAACCUGGAUAUGGUGAGCUUGCAGAAAGACCCCUUUCAAAAUACAAUAUCACCGAUUAUUAAACAUUGCAUUUGUACAGAUGGCAUAUUCAUCAUCAACUUACAACCGAGCAUCUCCGAUGGGUGAUUGCUUGAUAAGCUUUGUCUUAUCACGAUCCUGUUCAUCAUCUUCCAUCCAGUCACGCCAGUCAACUCAGGCCAACAGGAUGCAGGAACACAUCUUGGCUUCCCCGGCUAGGCCAACUGUUCUCCAAAAUUAGCAUGCUAAAGGCUGAUGCAGAACGCCCAUUUCGAUGCCAGCAUUCACACGCAGCGGAGGCCAACAUGUAUUCUUCCGAGAUGUCGUCAGUUCGGUUCAAGUGCGGCUCUUCAGUGCCCAGACAAGGCACUAUAUUGCACCAGGCACCACUAGGUAGCGCGUGGCAUGUCGAGCGCUUGAGAAAGGUCCAGGAGGUCCUCAUCAACCCUCUCGAGCAUCUCGUCCGGGCUGGGCUCCCGAUCCAAUAUAUCUGCGUGUCCUUGGAAAGAGGUUCCCUUGACCGCUGGGAAAUUGGUCAAUGCAGCUUGAGGUCUUGUCGCUACCGUGAGCCCACAUGGGCAACACCGUCUCCCAUCACGCAAUGUUUCUGUGUUUCCUCUUUGGGACGUGGAGGAAACGGAUCUUCGGGAGGGCAACCGGGAGCCGCACCCCAGGCCAAGACCUUAGCCUACCAGCGCGAUGUGUCGUUCCGAGUGGGCCAUCGCCCACUCUGUCCAUGGUGCCGGCACGACGUCUCCUUCGACGCCGGGAAACCCGUCGACAUCCUGGCCGUUGCAACUUGGCUAACGGAGGUGGGCUGUCAUGGCGAACCGAUUCGGAAGGGAAACCUGGGGGAGCGAGCCAGAUGAACUGGUAUAAGAGGCAUCCGACGACGACCUCAAGAUGGGGGAGUCUUUCUUGCUUCUUCAGCCAGCCUCUCCAGCUCUGUCUCCCACUCCAUCCAGCCUUCUUCUUGGACCUACCAUCACCAUGCGUGCCGACGUCUUGAUUGCCGCUCUGGCCACCGGCGCCCUCGUGGCUGCCGUCCCUACCUCCCCCAAGAAGCCCACCCCUCCCAAGGGCGACGUCUCCAACCCCUUCGUUGGCAAGACCCAGUUCGUCAACCCCGAGUGGUCCAACAAGCUCACUCAGACCUACAAGAGCUUCCUCAAGAAGGGCGAUGUCAAGAACGCUUUCCGCACCCUUCAGGCCCAGAAGGUCAGCACCUUCGUCUGGGUCUCCCGUCUCUCUGAGCUCUCCAGAAUCGACGAGGCCAUCGCCACCGCCCGCCGUGUCCAGAAGACGACCGGCAAGAAGCAGAUCGUCGGUCUCGUCCUUUACAACCUCCCCGACAGAGAUUGCUCCGCUGGCGAGUCCGCCGGUGAGCUCCUGAGCGGCGAGAACGGCUUUGAGCGCUACAAGGAGGAGUUUGUCAAGCCCUACGCCCAAAAGGUCGCCGCCGCCAAGGACCUCGAGUUCGCCAUUGUCCUCGAGCCCGAUUCGCUCGGAAACCUGGUCACCAACCUCAACAUCCCCCUCUGCGCCGGUGCCGUUGACACCUACCGUGAUGGCAUCGCCCAUGCCAUCACCCAGCUCCAGCAGGACCACGUCCACCUCUAUAUUGACGCCGCCCACGGUGGCUGGCUUGGGUGGAACGACAACCUUCCCCUCGCUGCCGAUGAGUUCGCCGAGGUCUUGAAGAGAGCCGACGAGGCUUCCGGCAAGAAGAACAAGAUUCGUGGUUUCGCCACCAACGUCUCCAACUACAAUCCCCUUCACGCCGUCGUCCGUGAGAACUACACCGAGUGGAGCAACAGCUGGGAUGAGAGCCACUAUGCCUCCAGCCUGGCCCCCCAUCUCGAGGAGCGCGGCCUUCCUGCUCACUUCAUUGUUGACCAGGGCCGUGUCGCCAACCCCGGUGCCCGCAAGGAGUGGGGUGAGUGGUGCAACGUUGCCCCCUCCGGAUUCGGACCCGCUCCCUCCACCAACACCAACAACACCGUCGUUGACGCCAUUGUCUGGAUCAAGCCCGGCGGUGAGUCUGAUGGCGAGUGUGGCUACUUCAACGCUCCCCGCGCCGGCCAUUGGCACGACGAGUUUGCCCAGCAGCUCGUCCAGAACGCCCAUCCUUCCGUUUAUGAGAAUUGGUGGAAGUUCUGGUAAAUACAAAAACUAUUUAUCAACGAGGUGGAUGGAGUAGGGUGUUUUAGAAUUCUUGUACAUAUUUAAUUAUUUGCCUUGUCUAUACAAACCAAGGUUAAUCACAAGACCUUUUGUCAAUUACUUCG